AUGGAAGCGCCAGCGAUCUUCACGGAGGCAGAGGUGUACGAGCAGAGUUUCGACUCUCAGGCAUAUCUGAAUGAAUAUUACAGCAUGAGUGACAAACAGAAAGGUGCAAACGCGUUUCUGAUGCAGAACCUGAGGAGCCUGUAUAAAAUGUUCUCCUUAGACGGGGUGAGAGGUGACACCCUGAUAGAUGUUGGCUGUGGCCCCACCAUCUACCAGCUUCUGUCUGCUUGCGAGCGCUUCCAGGAGAUCACUGCCUUGGACUACACCGAGAGGAACCGUCAGGAGCUGGAGAAGUGGCUGAAGAACGAAGCAGGAGCCUUUGACUGGGGGCCAGUGGUGAAAUAUGUCUGUGAGCUGGAAGGGGACAGGGAGAAAUGGGCUGAGAAACAGGAGACAGUGAGGAAGAAGGUGAAGCGGGUUCUGAAGUGCGACGUGACCAAAGCCAACCCCACGGGCCCCGUGUCCCUGCCGCCCGCCGACUGCGUCGUCUCCACCCUGUGCUUGGAGGCUGCCUGCAAGGACCUGCCCACCUUCCGCAGCGCCCUGAGGAACGUCGGGACCCUGGUGAGGCCGGGGGGGCACCUGGUGCUGCUCACCGUCCUCGGGGAGACCUACUACACCUUCAACAAGCAGGUUUUCUCGUGCCUGCGCCUGGAGAGGCACGAGGUGGAGGAGGCCGUGGGGGCUGCUGGCUUCGAGGUGCAGUUCAGCGAGGCCGAGCCGUACGUGCUGGGCGAUGGCCGCACGGACAGCCGGGCCAUGCUGAGCCUGGUGGCGCGCAGGAGAGCCUCCCUCUCCGCGUAG